AUGAGGAAUGGAAUGAGGGCAGAGCUAGUGGGUGGGGAUGUGGAGUCUGUUCCAGCUGCGUUGGAACAGGGAGAAGAGGAAGGACUGGAAGGGAGAGCUGCCUCUGAGGCCCCCACUCCUUGUUCCUGCCUGCUCUGCCAGAGCCCCGGACCACAGCAGCUGGUGGUGAUGAAGGCAAUCAUAGUGAUGGUGGUCGCAUUGGUUUUCAGUAUUGCUGUUGGUAGUUUUACUGAGAGAGACGAUGGUGGUUAUGAUGGUGAUGAUAAUGGUGGUCUUGGUGAUUACGAAGGUGAUGGUGAUAAUAGUGAUGACGAUGAUGACAAUAUCCGUACACUGGAGGAAGUCGCCUAUGACCAGAGACUACCCAACUUCAGCCACAUCCACAUGAAGGUCAGGGGCUACAGUGAGAACCCCCACCUGCUACUGACCCCUGAGCUGAAGUCAGGAGCCAGCGGUGGAGGAGAGGGUGGCUAUCAUGAUACUCAGACCUGGGUGGAGCCUGCCGUGGUUGUCCAUAGGAGUUUGGACCAGAAGGAACAAGAAGGAACUCAGCCAUCUCUGAAGGCAAAGGAAAAGAGGAAGGAUUCUGCAGAUACAAGCCCCGAUGAGCCUGAGGAGGAAGAGGAAGACUUGUACUAUGGGCUGCCAGACAUCCGCGAAGACCCCCUCCCGGACAAGGAGAUGGGCUUCGAGCUUCUCAAGAUCCUGCUGUCCGGGAGGGAUCUGCACUUCUCCCGGCUGGUGCUGGUGCUCUGGUCUGUCAGCCCCAUGGGCAGCGAUGGCUGUGGGUGGCCACAGUGGCCACUGCUGUCCUUGCUGCUGCUGCUGCUGCUGAGCCCUGUGAAGGUCGAAGUCCAAAAGGAAUGGGAUGAGUCCGGAGCCCAAGACCAUCUGGACAGACUCAAAGAGGGGCUGAAGCUCGCCCGACCUUGGGAGAUCCACGGCUGGCCCUCAAGCAUCAUAUACCGGCGCUCUGAGAGUGCCUGGAAGGUGCCCAACACCUACCUGGUAGUGUUCAAGGAAUCCCAAAGGCAGCAGAUGGAGAGUAUUGUCAACCGCCUGCAGAGCCAGUCUUCCAGCCAGGGCCUCAUGUUCGAAGUGCUUCACGUCUUCAAAGACCUCUUUCCUGGCAUUCUGAUGAAGUCGCACAACUUGGGCCCACGGGACCUGGACAACCCCGUGGAGGUGUAUCUCUUGGGCACUAGCAUCCAGCCUAAUCACCUGGAAAUUAAGGGCAGGAUCAACAUCUCUAACUUUGAGAGAGUGCCAGACGAGGAGUGGCAGAGCACCAGUGCGCCCAGGACACAGGGCAAUUGUGAAGGCAAUGGCACCUACCUGGCAGCCCUGGUCAAUGGCCAGAGUGUUGGCGUGGCCAAGGACAUCAACAUACACAGCCUGCGUGUGCUGAACUGCCAAGGGAAGGGCACGGUCAGCGGCAUCCUCAUGGGCUUGGAGUUUCUUUGGAAAAAGCUGGUCUCCAAUCCCUCCAAGCGCAUGGUAGUGCUGCUGCCCCUGGUGAGUGGGUACAGCCAGAGUAUCAACAAUGCCUGCAAGAGCCUGGCAAGGGCUGGAGCAGUGCUUGUGGCUGCUGCGGGCAACUUUCAGAGCAAUGCCUGUGCCUACUCUCCAGCGUCGUCUCCUGAGGUCAUCACUGUUGGAGCUGUCGAUUCUCAGAUCCAGCCACUCAUCCAGGGUACUCUCGGGACCAACUAUGGAUCCUGUGUGGACAUCUUUGCUCCUGGGAAGAACAUUGUCAGUGCCUCCAAAGACUGUAAUGUUUGCUAUGUAACGCAGAGUGGAACUUCGCAGGCGGCUGCCCAUGUGGCUGGCAUUGCAGCCCUGAUGCUCACUGCCCAGCCAAACCUCACUGUGGCUGAGCUGAGGCAGAGGCUGAUCCACUACUCUAUCAGAAAUGCUAUCAAUGACUCCUGGUUUCCGGAGGAGGAGCGAUUCAAGACCCCCAAUCUGUUGGCUGCACUGCCCCCCCGCACCCAGGAAACAGGUGAACAGCUGUUCUGCAGGACUGUGUGGUCAGCACCCUGGAACAUCACACUGGCAGACACUGCAGUGGCUGAGUGUGACCCGGAGGAGGAGCUGCUGGGCUGCUCCAGUUUCUCCGAGAGUGGGAAUCGGCAGGGCGAGCGUGUGGGGAUCCUAGGAAAGAGACGCGUUUGCCUGGCAUUUGGAGACCGCCAGGUUUCUGCGGUGGCCAGAUGCUGCCUGCUCCGCCGAGCCAACUGCAGAGUCUACACAGCUCCUCCAGCCUUGGUGGGGCUGAAUACCUACACCCACUGCCUGGAUCCUGACCAAGUCCUCACAGGUAGGGGUCCUGCCAGGGUCACCGUGAGCUGUGAUGCAGGCUGGACCCUGACCAGCUGCAGUGCCCAUCCUGAGACCUCAGUCACCCUGGGAGCUUUCCCUGUGGACAACACCUGUGUGGUGAGGCACCAGAACACUGACGAAAGAGGAAUGGCCAGUAAGGAGUUUAUAGUAGUCACCGCCAUCUGCUGCCGCAUCCAGCUCUCAGGCCAGCCAUAG